GAGCCGGAGACCGAGCCUGAGUUCGGGAGCGGCAGCAGGGGAGGCAUAGACACUUCGAGCAGCCUCGUCGCCGCCUCUGCGUUCCUGCUGACGGACUGGGUGCCCCCUCCCCUACGCCUCGGUUGCUGGUGAAGAGGCUGUGCGCUGCUGUUUGGGGAGGGGGUGUGUGGAGCCGCGUCCAGAGUCCGCAGUGACUGCUCUCAGGGGGUCGCCCGCUCGCGGAGGUGUGGAGAGACUCCUUGGGGGUCGAGCGAAUAACGGGGUUCGGGUGUCUGCUGUGUGACCAUCACAGGUCUAUUCUGGAUAGCAGGUUUUGUGAAGACAUUUAUUCUUUCUUGGACCUCAGAUUUACCAGACAUCUCAUGGGUUUGUGGAUGCACUUAGAUGUUUGCAAUGAGCACUGUGGCUGGCAUGCCCCAGUGUUUUGGAUACCAAUGCAUAGGACUCCAUAGUAAUCGAAUUUACCAGAGGCGAACGUCAUGAGCAUAGUCAUCCCAUUGGGGGUUGAUACAGCAGAAACGUCAUACUUGGAAAUGGCUGCCGGCUCAGAACCAGAAUCUGUAGAAGCUAGCCCUGUGGUAGUUGAGAAAUCCAACAGUUAUCCCCACCAGUUAUAUACCAGCAGCUCGCAUCAUUCUCACAGUUACAUUGGUUUGCCUUAUGCGGACCAUAAUUAUGGUGCUCGUCCUCCUCCAACACCUCCGGCUUCCCCUCCUCCAUCAGUUCUUAUUAGCAAAAAUGAAGUAGGCAUAUUUACCACUCCUAAUUUUGAUGAAACUUCCAGUGCUACAACUAUCAGCACAUCUGAGGAUGGGAGUUACGGUACUGAUGUAACCAGGUGCAUAUGUGGUUUUACACAUGAUGAUGGAUACAUGAUCUGUUGUGACAAAUGCAGUGUUUGGCAACAUAUUGACUGCAUGGGGAUUGACAGGCAGCAUAUUCCUGAUACAUAUCUUUGUGAACGUUGUCAGCCUAGGAGUUUGGAUAAAGAGAGAGCAGUGCUACUACAACGCCGGAAAAGGGAAAAUAUGUCAGAUGGUGAUACCAGUGCAACUGAGAGUGGUGACGAGGUUCCUGUGGAAUUAUAUACUGCAUAUCAACAUACUCCAACAUCGAUUACUUUCACUGCUUCAAGAGUUUCCAAGGUUAAUGAUAAAAGAAGGAAAAAAAGUGGGGAGAAAGAACAAAAUAUUUCAAGAUGUAAAAAAGCCUUUCGUGAAGGAUCUAGGAAAUCAUCAAGAGUGAAGGGUUCAGCUCCAGAGAUUGAUCCUUCAUCUGAGGGUUCAAAUUUUGGAUGGGAGACAAAAAUUAAAGCAUGGAUGGAUCGAUAUGAAGAGGCAAAUAAUAACCAGUAUAGUGAAGGGGUUCAGCGGGAGGCACAAAGAAUAGCUCUGCGAUUAGGCAAUGGAAGUGAUAAAAAGGAAAUGCAUAAACCUGAUUUGAAUACCAAUAAUUUACUCUUCAAACCUCCUGUAGAGAGCCAUAUACAAAAGAAUAAGAAAAUUUUGAAGUCUGCGAAAGAUUUGCCUCCUGAUGCACUUAUUAUUGAAUACAGAGGGAAGUUUAUGCUGAGAGAACAGUUUGAAGCAAAUGGAUAUUUCUUUAAGAGACCAUACCCGUUUGUUUUAUUUUAUUCUAAGUUUCAUGGGCUGGAGAUGUGUGUUGAUGCUAGGACUUUUGGGAAUGAAGCCCGGUUCAUCAGACGUUCUUGUACACCUAAUGCAGAGGUGAGGCAUGAAAUUGAAGAUGGAACCAUACAUCUUUAUAUUUAUUCUGUACAAAAUAUUCCAAAAGGAACAGAAAUUACUAUUGCCUUUGAUUUUGACUAUGGGAAUUGUAAGUACAAGGUGGAUUGUGCAUGCCUCCAAGAAAACCCAGAAUGUCCUGUCCUAAAACGUAGUUGUGAAUCCACGGAAAACAUCAAUAGUGGUUAUGAGACCCGAAGGAAAAAAGGAAAAAAGGAGAAGGAUAUUUCAAAAGAAAAAGAUACACAGAAUCAGAAUAUCACUUUGGAUUGUGAUGGAACCACCAACAAAAUAAAGAGCCCAGAAAUGAAACAAAGAAAGCUGUCUCCACUGAGACUAUCAGUGUCAAAUAAUCAGGAACCAGAGUUUAUUGAUGAGAUAGAAGAAAAAACUCCUAUUAGUAAUGAAGUAGAAAUGGAAUCAGAGGAGCAGAUUGCAGAGAGAAAAAGGAAGAUGACUAGAGAAGAAAGGAAAAUGGAAGCAAUUCUGCAAGCUUUCGCCAGACUUGAAAAGAGAGAGAAGAGGCGAGAACAAGCUUUGGAAAGAAUCAGCACAGCCAAAACGGAGGUGAAAACCGAGGGCAAGGACGCGCAGCCCAGCAGUGACGCAGAGGCUCUCCAGGAACAAGCAAAAGAAGAAACGACUAGCAAGCCCACGCCUGCCAAAGUGAACAGAACUAAGCAGAGAAAAAGCUUUUCUCGGGGCAGGACUCACAUUGGCCAGCAGCGCCGGAGACACCGGACUGUCAGCAUGUGUUCAGAUAUCCAGCCAUCUUCUCCUGACGUAGAAGUUGCCUCCCAACAAAAUGACAUUGAAAACGCUGUACUUGCAGUAGAGCCAGAAACGGAAACUGCACUAGCAGAAAUAAUUACUGAAACCGAAGUUCCAGCACUUAAUAAGUGUCCUACAAAGUACCCCAAAACAAAGAAGCACUUGGUCAAUGAAUGGUUAAGUGAGAAGAAUGAGAAGACUGGAAGACCUUCAGACAGCCUUUCAGAAAGGCCCCUGCGCAUAACGACAGACCCUGAAGUGCUGGCCACACAGCUCAAUUCCUUACCAGGUCUUACCUACACUCCCCAUGUCUACUCUACUCCUAAGCAUUAUAUUCGAUUUACGUCACCAUUCCUUUCAGAAAAAAGGAGAAGACGAGAACCCCCUGAAAACACUUCUGGCUCAUGCAAGAAGCGAUGGUUGAAACAAGCUCUGGAAGAAGAAAAUUCCGUCGUUUUACAUAGAUUUAAUUCACCCUGUCAAGAAAGAUGCAGAAGCCCUACAGUCAAUGGUGAAAGUAAAAGCCCACUGCUAUUGAAUGAUAGCUUCUCCCUUCCAGAUUUAACUACACCACUGAAAAAACGGAGACUUUAUCCGUUACUAGACUCCGCUUACUCCGAAACCUCCACACCCACUCCUUCCCCGUACGCUACGCCAACUCACACGGACCUUACUCCUGGAGACUCAUCCUUUGCCACUCCUCCCCGGACAAAAGCAGACGAUGAAACUUGUCGAAAUGGUUAUAAGCCGAUAUAUUCACCAAUAACCCCAGUAACACCUGGCACACCAGGAAAUACCAUGCACUUUGAGAAUAUUUCUUCUCCAGAAAGUUCUCCAGAAAUUAAGAGACGCACUUAUAGUCAAGAGGGAUAUGACAGAUCUUCAACCAUGUUAACAUUGGGGCCUCUCAGAAGUUCUAACUUCACUGAGCUGGGUCUGCAAGAAAUAAAGACUAUUGGUUACACCAGCCCAAGGAAUAGGACUGAGGCCAGCAGGCAGUGCCCUGGGGAAAAGGAGCCCGGGGCAGACCUUCCGCUGGGACUCGAUGCAAUCGAGCCGACUGCCUUACAUAAAAGCAUGGAGACACCCACCCACGACAGGACUGAGGCCAGCAGCCAACUGGAGUCUCCCCACACUGGACGAGGCACAGCCUACUCUUCCUGGGUGAAGAGUCCUGACAGAACAGGAGUUAAUUUCUCAGUAAACUCUAACUUGAGGGAUUUGACACCCUCACAUCAGUUGGAGGUUGGAGGUGGCUUCCGAAUAAGUGAGUCCAAGUGCCUGAUGCAAGAGGAUACCAGAGGCAUGUUUAUGGAAACUACCGUGUUUUGUGCUUCAGAAGAUGGACUGGUAUCUGGUUUUGGACGGACUGUCAGUGACAGUUUGAUCGAUGGAAGUUGCACACCCCAGAACCCACCACAAAAGAAAAAGGUUUCUCUAUUAGAAUACCGUAAGAGGCAACGGGAAGCUAGGAAAAGUGGCUCUAAGGCAGACCACUUUCCACCGGUCAGUGUUUCACCUCACCCAAGUGGAAACUCCACCAGCGGCAAUGGGUGUGCCCACAGUAGUGAAAAUGGAGAGCCGGUGGAAAACCCUGGGAGCCUCCCUUUACCAACACCAGCCGCUGCUCACAGUGAUGCUCCUGAAGAAACCAGCAAUAACUGUCCUGCUAAGGAAGCUUCUGCCAGUGAGAAGAAUGAACCCGAAGUACAAUGGACCGCCUCCACUUCAGUGGAACAGGUGCGAGAACGGAGUUAUCAGAGAGCUUUACUUCUCAGCGACCACCGAAAAGAUAGAGAUAGUGGGGGAGAGUCACCAUGUAUCUCAUGCUCACCGAGUCAUGUUCAGUCUUCACCUUCAUCUCAUUCAAAUCACAUUCCCCAGUUGCAACCAAUGGGCCCAGGCCCUUCUUUCAGUGAACUUAUGGAAGACCCAGAUCCUGAAAACCCAGAACCCACACCUACAAAUGAAUGUCCAUCUCCAGAUUCUUCUCAAAAGAUUUGUAAAAGUCCUUCAAAAUCCAGCAAGCCUGGUUCACCUGGACCUGUAGCUCCUGCUCAGCCACAUGGGAAAAUACUCAUAAAGCCAGAUCCCCAUUGGGAGGCGACCAGUGUUGUACCAGAAACUGAAAAUGGGGUUCACCUAAAAACAGAGCUCCAACAGAAACCGCUACCAACAGUCACCCAAGCACUUUCAAAGAAUCCAAUUCCUCAGCCACACCUUCGCAACUCAUCUGAGCAACAUUCACAGAAGCUGCCUUCUGCACAGGUCAAGUUGCACUGUCCUCCGUCACCUCACAUAGAGAACCCUCCCAAGGCCACUACGCCCCACCCCCCUGUGCAACACGGGUACCUUUCACCAAAGCCGCCUUCCCAGCAGCUAGGAUCUCCCUACCGGCCCCACCAUUCACAGUCACCUCAAGUUGGAGCACCUCAGAGAGAGCCUCCGAGGAAUUUUUACCCAGCAGCACAGCACCUUCCAGCAAGUACUCAGCAGGCAACUCCAGGCGCGUUAUUUACACAGACACCCUCAGGACAAUCUCCAGCAACUUACAGUCAGUUCAACCAACCGAGUCUGAGCAGCACGGCCCCACCUCCUCCACCCCCUCCACCUCCUUCCACCUCGUCUUACUAUCAAAGCCAGCAGCCCUCUGCAAACUUUCAAAGCUAUAGUCAGCUCAAAGGCAGUCUUUCCCACCAAACCGUGUUCGCAUCAGGACCAAAUCCAGCACUUCCUGGCGCCACCAGCCAGCCUACAGUCGCAGGCCACCACGUUACUCCAGGGCAUUUUUUGUCCUCCCAGAACCCGACUAUUCACCAUCAAACGGCUGCUGCUGUCGUCCCACCACCACCCCCACCCCCGCCUGCUCCAGGACCACACCUUGUUCAACAGCCACACACGGUUGCACACGGAGUAGGGGCUGUUCUAGCGGUGGCCCCUGGGUCGCACAUUCAUGCUCAAACUGCUGGACACCAUUUACCCCCGCCUCCUCCACCUCCAGGUCCUGCCCCCCAUCACCACCCACCUCCCCACCCCUCCACCGGACUCCAGAGUCUACAAGCACAACACCAGCAUGUUAUAAAUUCAGCACCCCCACCGCCUCCGCCGCCUCCACCUUCCAAUGUUUUGGCUUCUGGCCAUCACAGCACAUCAACUCAAGCCUUACACCACCCCCCUCAUCAAGGACCUCCACUUUUUCCUUCAAGUGCUCAUCCAGCUGUGCCACCAUAUCCCUCCCAAGCUACACACCAGACCACUUUGGGACCGGGACCCCAACACCAGCCUUCUGGAACAGGGCCACACUGUCCACUACCCGUUGCAGGUCCUCAUCUCCAACCCCAAGGACCAAACAGUAUUCCAACACCUACUGCUUCAGGGUUCUGUCCUCAUCCUGGCUCUGUGGCCCUGCCGCAUGGGGUUCAAGGACCUCAGCAGGCAUCUCCAGUGCCUGGACAGAUUCCAAUUCACAGAGCACAGGUGCCACCAACAUUUCAGAACAGUUACCAUGGUUCAGGAUGGCAUUAAUGGACUCCAAAAACAUUUUUUUAAAUGUUCUGUAUGAUAAACUGUAUAUUUCAUAUGUACCUAUUAAGGUACUUUUUAAAGCUUGUACAUGAGACUUUGUAUAAAAAAACAAAAACCGAAAACACCAGUGCUCUUUCAUUGUAUUUUCCCCAUUUUUUGCUUUUUAAAAUUCCUUUUAAAAAUGUGCUGUUAAGCCAGUAUUAGGUCUUUAUUUUGUAAGUGAACAUUCCAGCUCUUUUUCUGGCAGUAGAUUUAAUGCUACAUGAACUUUAAAUUCUAUUGUUGCCAUUCAAUUCAUUUAGUGACUGUUUAUUAUUUUAUACAUAAAGCUUAAUAAGUACACGGCUAAGCAACGGCACCAUGAGGAGCUUCACUUUUUUUUCUGUGGGUGCAUCUUAGAUUAAAAAACAAAAACAAACCGCAAUACAGAUUUUUCUAGUCUGGUGUGAACAUGGCUCAUUUCAUCAGUUAUUUGCAAGCAAAAUGUAAUUUAAUGUAUAGAUGAUUUCUAAUGUUUCCUGAUAAACUGUAAAUACUGCAUUUCUUUUGCGUAUAUAACUGCUUUCAGCUUUUCUCAUUUGAUAAAUAGCAUUGUACAUAUGACAAGUCUUUUGCAAAACUGUGUGAUCUUUGUGAAGGUAGUACAGUAUAUGACCUUUAAUUUCUUUUUUAUUUUAAAUAUACUGUCACAUUGAAGCACUGGUUGGGCAUUUUAAUUCAUGUUAAUAAAUCACAAUUAUGUCAGUUUUA